GAGUAGCUUAUAUGCAUAAUUUUCUCUUAUUCCUAGUAAUAGACAGCUGUACAAUAGAAGUCUUCACAAAUGCCACUCGGAAUGGCAUUCGUUUAAUCUCAUCCAGUGUAUGUGGACCUCAUGGACGCUGCAUCAGUCAACCAGGAGGAAAUUUUACUUGUGCCUGUGAAAAGGGCUUUACUGGAGCGUACUGUCAUGAAAAUAUUGAUGACUGUCUUGAAAAACCCUGCAAGAAUGGUGGAACUUGCAUAGAUGAAAUCAAUGAUUUCAGAUGCUUCUGUCGGAAUGGCUGGGAAGGAAAAUUGUGUGACAUUAAUUUUAAUGACUGCUCACCAAAUCCAUGUCACAACGGAGGCCAGUGCAUUGAUUUAGAGAAUGAUUUCUAUUGUGCAUGCAAAAAUGGCUGGAAGGGGAAAACAUGCCACUCAAGUAAGUACCAGUGUGAUGCAAACACUUGUACAAAUGGAGGAACGUGUUACGAUGAUGGUGACACUUUUCGAUGCUCUUGUCCUCCAGAAUGGAAAGGAAGCACUUGCAAUAUUGCAAAGAACAGCAGCUGUAUUCCUAAUCCUUGUUUGAAUGGUGGAACUUGUGUUGGCAGUGGAGAUUCUUUUUCUUGCAUUUGUAAAGAAGGUUGGGAAGGACGCACAUGUACCCAGAAUAUUAAUGAUUGCAAUCCACAUCCAUGUUAUAAUGGAGGCAUCUGUGUUGAUGGUGUGAAUUGGUUUCGCUGUGAAUGUGCACCUGGGUUUGCUGGUCCUGACUGCAGAAUUAAUAUUGAUGAAUGCCAAUCCUCUCCUUGUGCAUAUGGUGCUACUUGCAUUGAUGAAAUAAAUGGUUACAGGUGUACUUGUCCUGCUGGCCGAGCUGGAACAAGAUGCCAAGAAGUUAUAGGCUCUGGAAAAUCUUGCUGGUUUAAAGGAAAGUCCUUUCCUCACAGGAGUAAAUGGGAUCAAGAAUGCAACAGUUGCCAUUGUCUGGAUGGCCACAUUGAUUGUACCAAGGUAUGGUGUGGAAGGAAAUCUUGUUUGCUUACCAAACAUGGGGACCAUUCUAGUUAUCAAUGUCCUAGAGGCCAAGAAUGCCAAGAAAAUUCAUACAUCAAAUGUUUCCAACCACCUUGCUCUGACUGGGGAGAAUGCAGUGAAUCAGAACCUCUACCUGUUAACAUCAAGUGCUUCCCCAAUUCAGGCCACUUGGACAAUAGCUGUGCAAGAAUUACUCUGAUUUUUAACAGAGAUAAAGUACCCCAGGGUACUACUGUUGAAAAUGUAUGCUCUGAAAUAAGAUAUUUACCAGCCACUAGAUCUGUUUCUAGUGAAAGAAUAUUGUUAGUGUUGUGUGACCUAUCCUACUCCAUAGACAAUGCAGUGGAAGUUGCUGUUUCUUUCAUCUCGCAUCAGGAUGAGACGGAUAAUAGUCUCAUACAGAAUGCGGCCAAUACUAUAGUAAAUGCGAUUACAAGGCGGCAAAACAGCACAGUUAUGCUAGCAGUAACAGAAGUCAAAAUAGAGACCAUAGUAGUUGGGAAUUCUUCUUCAUCAGAUUAUCUGGUUCCAAUCCUCUGUGUAGUUUUUAGUAUUGUAUGGAUAACCUGCAUAAUAAUUUGUGUGUGGUGGACACGAAAGAGAAGAAAAGAGAGAGAAAGAAAUCGCCCAUCCAGAGAAGAAGCUACAAAUAAUCAGUGGGCACCUCUAAAUCCUAUUUGGAACCCUAUAGAUAGACCUUACAGUCAUAAAGGCAUUCAUUAUGAACAGAAAAAUUUUAUAUCUCCUCAAAAAAGAACUUACGAUGGAGUAGAGGAGUAUACAGAGUAUGAGGAAGAGGAGGAAGAAGAAGAAGAAGAAAAAGAGGUUAUGGAAAUGGACAAAUUCCUCUCUCAAAAACUGUCUAAACCUUUGACAACAAAGGUAGCAGUGGACUCAAUAGAGAAUAGUCCUAUUAAGAACACUCUUCAGACAACCAAAAUGGACAACAGAUCUGUAAAAAAUGUGAACACAAAAAACCUUGAAGGUGGAAGAGACUAAAUCUGUGUUUGGACCAUGACUACAUUGCUUACGUUAAAAAAAAUUGGAGAAAUUGGCAUCUCCAUUGUGCAUAAAGGACUUAACUGUCUGAAGUCAAAUAUUCAUAGUUACUUUAUUUUGAAUAAAAAAAUUAAAAUAAUAAAAUAAAAAUUUUAUUUUGUUUCUUUUAGCCUUGUAUAAAUUAUUCAAUGACUGUCAGAUGAUAGAGUAAUCUUUGAUAGUUGCUAUUUUUGUAAAUUUUACUUAUAAUACACUUGUAAGGCAGAGGAGAGAAGUUUGUAUUUUCAAUUCAUAAGGUUUAUCACAGAAAGCUCAACACUGUUUACAAAAUGGAGAGGUUGUUUUGUUUUGUUUUGUUUUUACUUGUUACAACAGUGGCUUAGAAACUUCCUGGUUGAGGAAGUUGCUAAACUUAAGGAAGAAAACAUGAAGUGUUCUUGUUAAUAUUUACUAAAAGCUUCUCUCUAUACUUCUACAAGUUUGUCCCCUUGAAAAAAAAAUGCCUUAUUCUGUGAACAAAAGAAAAUCUAUAGAGAUCUUUCAAACUGUGAUUGGUUAGAAAAAGUGGCCUUUUUAAUUUGACUCUGUCAAUUUGGUUUAAUUUCCUUAGAAAUGCAGUAUUGAAGCACAUACCAAGUGCCUUGAAAUAUCAUCUUGCUUUCUCAAUAGCAACUGUCAAAGACUGCCAUGCCCAUCUAAGUUUACCAUAAGAAGAUAUUUGGUUCUCUCAGACUGAUACAGUUUAUUUUCAAAUUGUGCAAGUGCAUUUUUGUAAAUAUGUAUAUAUUUAAAUGAAUCACUUCUGUAUAUUUGAGUUAAUAACUUAAAAAUAUUUUUGAUCUUUUUAAAUGUCAUUCCUUUUUAAUUUAUGUCGCAGAAAGGGAAGUUUUAUGGCAAUUUCUAAAAAAGAUACAAAAACCUUAUUUUGGUAUUAUGUUCAUAUUAGAAAAUGAUGUUACUAUAAUUAAUGUUGGGAAGCUGUUGGUCAUUUUUUGUACUUUUUUUCAAUGUAUUGCAACCAUUUCACAUGUAAAUAGAUCCAAGGUGUUUCCUCGCAUCUCAAGAACACAGAGAGUAAGUAUCCUGUACAGCAUAAAGAUGACAGGGCGAUAUUCUUUUUCUUGUGAAUGUCUCUAUUACAUGUGGUAUUGCUUUUUUGCAUUUUUUUAAAUACAGGCCUAAUGAAGGGAACAAUAUUCUCAU